AUGGCUGCUACCGUUGCGCCUUCGCAUGCCGGCGGCCUGCCGUCCUCCUCGGGCAUCCCUGCGCCGCCGCAUCCCCACGACGCCGCAGACGCCAGCGCGGGGUCCCAAGAUGUCGCCAGCGGCGUCUCUUCACUACCGCCCACCCGCAAGUUCCAACUUCGCGACUUUCGACGAGUGCGCACGUUAGGCACAGGAACCUUUGCCCGAGUCUGUCUCGUCCGUCCCGCUGCCAGCGCUCAUAUACCCCUCGAUCACCAGCUCAACCCCGAAGUCUACGCCCUCAAGAUCCUACGGAAACCUGAAGUCAUCCGCCUUAAGCAGGUCGAUCAUGUCCGUCAUGAGCGCGCCAUCCUCGCCGACGUCGCGGGCCAUCCCUUCAUCACCCGAUUGAUCGCCUCCUUCUCAGAUCACGAUUCCCUCUACAUGCUCCUCGACUACGUUCCCGGCGGCGAGCUGUUUACAUACCUGCGCAAGUUGCGCCGCUUCGACGAACCCGUCGCCCGCUUCUACGCCGCCGAGAUCGUCCUCGUACUAGAGUAUCUCCACGAGCAGCAAGGCGGUAUCGCCUACCGCGACCUCAAACCGGAGAACCUCCUCCUGGAUCAGGAUGGUCACAUCAAACUCGUCGAUUUCGGCUUUGCCAAGCGCCUCGGUCACCGCGAAGACAAUCGGCCCGUCGAGACCUACACCCUCUGCGGAACCCCCGAGUACCUGGCCCCCGAGGUGAUUCAGAACAAGGGUCACACAGGCGCAGUUGACUGGUGGGCUCUGGGUAUUCUAAUAUACGAGUUCUUGACGGGAUAUCCUCCAUUCUGGCAUCAGAACCCCAUUGAGAUUUACAAACAAAUCUUGGAAAAACCCGUCGUCUUCCCUCAAGACCCGCCACUCUCGGAAGACGCCAAAGACGUAAUACGCUCCUUCUGCACCGUCGAUCGUUCCCGUCGUCUCGGUAACAUCAGCGGCGGCGCAGCCCGCGUAAAGGCGCACCCCUUCUUCCGCGAGACGAACUGGGACGACAUGCUUAACCGCCGCCACAAGGGUCCGAUACAACCCCCCGUGCGCUAUCCCGGUGACGCCCAGUGCUUUGACGUGUACCCAGAGGACGACGGCUCGCGCGAGCCCUACGGCGGUGAGAUGGCUGCAAAGUACGACCCAUACUUUGCCGACUUUUGA